GGGCUGGGCUUGCGGAGGGCGGUAGAGGCGCGGAGCGGGCGCCGCUGGAGCUGCGGGGAGGGCGCUUGCAGGCUGGCUGGCCCUGCUCGCCGCUGCUGCCGCGCUGUGCUCUGGCUGCUGGCCUGUGGAUGGGGGUGUCCGGCUGAGCCCCGGGAUCCGCCUCUUCCUGCCAGGACCCGCACAGGAAAACGAAUCCUGAAAGUUGCUGCUUUUUUGCUACAAGAAUGGAGGCCCCGCUGGUGAGUCUGGACGAAGAGUUUGAGGACCUUCGGCCCUGCUGCUCGGAGGAGCGGGAGGAGAAGCUCCACUGUUUCUAUGGCUCAUCUCCGCACCAUCUGGAGGACCCCUCCCUCUCUGAGCUGGAGAAUUUUUCUUCUGAAAUAAUCAGCUUCAAGUCCAUGGAGGACCUCGUGAAUGAAUUUGACGAGAAGCUCAAUGUCUGCUUUCGGAACUACAACGCCAAGACCGAGAACCUUGCACCGGUGAAGAACCAAUUACAGAUCCAGGAGGAGGAGGAGACCCUUCAGGACGAGGAGGUUUGGGAUGCACUGACAGACAACUACAUCCCUUCACUCUCGGAAGACUGGAGGGACCCAAACAUCGAGGCUCUGAAUGGCAACGGCUCUGACACUGAGAUCCAUGAGAAGGAAGAGGAAGAGUUCAAUGAGAAGAGUGAAAAUGACUCUGGAAUCAAUGAGGAGCCUCUACUCACAGCAGAUCAGGUAAUUGAGGAGAUUGAGGAAAUGAUGCAGAACUCCCCAGAUCCUGAGGAGGAAGAGGAGGUUCUGGAAGAAGAGGAUGGAGGAGAAACCUCUUCCCAGGCAGACUCGGUCCUGCUGCAGGAGAUGCAAGCCCUGACACAGACCUUCAACAACAACUGGUCCUACGAAGGCCUGAGGCACAUGUCAGGGUCUGAGCUGACUGAGCUGCUGGACCAGGUGGAGGGUGCCAUCCGGGACUUCUCAGAGGAGCUGGUGCACCAGCUGGCCCGCCGGGACGAGCUGGAGUUUGAGAAGGAAGUGAAAAACUCCUUCAUCACGGUGCUCAUCGAGGUUCAGAACAAGCAGAAGGAGCAGCGGGAACUGAUGAAGAAGAGGAGGAGAGAGAAAGGGCUGAGCCUACAGAGUAGCCGGAUAGAGAAGGGAAGCCAGAUGCCUCUCAAGCGCUUCAGCAUGGAAGGUAUCUCCAACAUCCUGCAGAGUGGCAUCCGCCAGACCUUCGGCUCCUCGGGAACCGACAAGCAGUAUCUAAACACAGUCAUCCCUUAUGAGAAGAAGUCCUCUCCUCCCUCUGUGGAAGACCUGCAGAUGCUGACAAACAUUCUCUUUGCCAUGAAGGAGGAUAACGAGAAGGUGCCUACUUUGCUAACGGACUACAUUUUAAAAGUGCUCUGUCCCACCUAACCUUGCCUUUGGAGCAGCCUGGCUGCGGGAGGUCACUGAGCAAGAGUCAUUCCACCACAGGGACUGCAUGACACCACGUAACCUCCAACGUGUAUUUAAACGUGUAUAGCCUAACCUGGAUUAAACAUGAGCAAUCA